UCACCAGGCAGGGAAGGUGCACGCUCCUGCUCGCCUCCCUACCUCUUAUUUAUUUAUUUAUUUAUUACAUAUUAGUUUCACCAAAUUACCAUUCAGUGCCAAAUAUGAAAGUUAAAAGUGUUGUGAGCGUGCUGCUGGUGGUGCUGCUGCUGGCGGCGGCCUCCGUGUACGGUGAGGAGGAGUGGUCCUGGGGCAGCGAGUCUCCCCGCCAGGCUAAGGACGUUGGUGAAGCCCCAACACCCGGCGUCGCUACCCUCACCGUCUCCGUCAGCCCUGAGGAGCAGACCCCAGAUCUUGAGGCGGACUUCCUCCGGAAGACAUUGGGUGUCGGGCCCCUGCCUCUGGAGCCCCAUUCCUCCUACUCCGUGAGUGCCGAGGGCGUUGAAGGUGGCGUUGAAGCUGUGGACGGCCUCUUGAUUUCCGGGGACAGAGACCGUGAGGGACGCUUUCUGGGUAUUGGAGAAAAACUCUGCACGUACGGGAUUGGCAUCAAUUGUAACAAAAAAUAUCCAUCGCCAGUGAAGUCACAGUACGGAGCUCCACCCCUCAAGCCAGUCGGUGGCUAUGGACCACCUCAGGUGGGCUAUGGUACCCCUCAGGUGGGUUACGGCGCCCCACCUCCUCCCCCCACCUACCCCAUCAGAAAGUACGGUUCUCAACCACCACUAAAAGGAUCAUCACAGUCCUCCUCACUAACUGGACUCCUAUCUGUGCUCGAGCCUUUCAUGCCCGGUUCCAAGAAAAAGAUUCCCCCUAAAAUAGGUCACGAUGUCCUGUCUCCCUCCUACAUAGCUCCCAACCCCAACUAUGCCCCGUUGUUAUCCUCGUAUUACCCGCCAACCAAUCCCAGUUAUGCCACCCCUCGCCCCGCAUUCCCAACCACUCAGUACAUCUCCCAACAACCCGACUACAUCGCCCCGAAGCCCGUUAAUUACGUUCCUCCCAAGCCCAACUAUGCCGCAGCCCUCCCAUCCUAUGUUGAACCCAAGCCGGCGUAUGCUGAACCUAAGCCAGUCUUUGCCAAACCCGUCGCAACUUACACGGUUGAGCGGGCCAUUCAGCCCACUGUGAUAGAGCAUCACACACAUUCCCACACACAUGUCUAUAAGGACCAGGGAAUUCCUCACGAUAUAUACCAAGGGCAUGGCAGUCAGCAAGUGUUCCAGAGAGAAGACGUUAAGAAGGAUUCUAGUCUCGGACUCAAGAGGGAAACUAAUCUGGGUAACAUCCAACAGAGCACGCAUCGCGACAUCCAACAGAGUGUACAUCGCGACAUCCAACAGAGCACGCAUCGCGACAUCCAACAGAGUGUACAUCGCGACAUUCAACAGAGCGCACAUCGCGACAUUCAACAGAGCGUACAUCGUGACAUCCAACAGAAUGUGCUUCGAGAUAUCCAACAGAAUGUGAAUCGCGACAUCCAACAGAAUGCUCAUCGCGACAUCCAACAGAAUGUGCUUCGAGAUAUCCAACAGAAUGUGAAUCGCGACAUCCAACAGAAUGCUCAUCGCGACAUCCAACAGAGUGUGCAUCGAGAAAUCCAACAGAAUGCUCAUCGCGACAUCCAACAGAGUGUGCAUCGCGAUUUCCACCAGGCGAGUGCCAGCGGCAGUGCUUCGUCUCUGUCCGUCUUCCCAGCAGUCCUUGUCGGUCAAGAAUUUCAACCAGGCAAAAUCGAGACAGGAUUCAAACCAAUGUCGUCAGUGCAACAGACCCUCUUUCGGCCAUUGACUCCCGCAUAUCGCGAGGAUUGCCAAUGCGUCCCGAUUCCUUUCUGCUCCGACCAGGAUGUUAUCGGCCGCAGCGCCCCUGGCGACAUCCGGGAGCUCUUGGACGCUCGCAAUAAAGGCUCUGAUAUUCUAUCCAAUGCUACUGAACUCACCAAUAGUGACGCAGCUCUUGUAAACGAGAAUAAACUCAACGCGAACUCUAUAAGGAGAGGGAGAGUACUGGGCCUGAGUGCCGAAACAGUGACCGAAGAAACAGCUGAGGAAGUAACAGACCUGAUAACAGAGGUAGAUACAACUGAAACAGUUCCUGAAGAAGUGACGGAAGAGGUCAAUGAAGACGUGACAGAGGCCACAACUGAAGACGUGACAGAAGCAGUAACGGUGGACGGUCAAGAGACGCGUGUCAGACGACAGGCAAAUAGCACGGACGAACAGAUAGCAGCACCGGAGCUCGAGAGCGCCCCCAGCGACCGCCAAGGACGUCAGUUAACAGGCUUCACUCCUGGUAGUGAAGGCUGCGGGCCCAACCAUGUCUGCUGCCGCAGGCCUGUCUUCAAACCACGCCGCAGUCAGAAGUAUACUUGCGGGCUCCGCAACGCUGCUGGUCUCCUGGGUCGCGUCAAGACCGCUCACUUUGUUGAAGGUGACGCGGACUUCGGGGAGUACCCCUGGCAGGCAGCGAUUCUCAGGCGCAAGGAAGGGGAAAUCAUGUAUCAAUGUGGAGCCACUCUCAUUGACGACAGACAUGUUCUCACAGCGGCCCAUUGCAUGGAAGGACUUCACCCGUCCCAGUUGAAGGUGCGACUGGGCGAGUGGGAUGUGGCGGGAAACUCAGAGUUCUAUACACAUCUUGAGCUGAGGGUCGCCGGCGUCUACCCCCACCCGGAGUACUACAAAGGAAAUCUUAAUAACAACCUUGCCGUCGUCAGACUAGAAGCUCCUAUUGACUUCACAGCAUACCCCCAUAUCACCCCUGUCUGCUUGCCGAAGGAGUUUGCAGACUUCAAGCACCAGCGCUGCCAUGCAACUGGCUGGGGUAAGGAUGCCUUUGGCUCUGAAGGCAAGUUCAGCCAGGUACUGAAGGAGGUUGAACUGCCCAUCGUAGAGGACCGACAGUGCGAGGCGGUCCUGCAGCAGACUCGCCUGGGUCGAGACUUCACCCUCUACGAGGGUAACCUGUGUGCCGGCGGCGAGGCGGGAAGAGACACAUGCCAGGGUGACGGAGGGAGCCCCUUGGUGUGUAGCGGCAGUGACGGCCGGGUACAGCUGGCCGGGCUUGUGUCGUGGGGUCUGGGCUGUGGCCAGCCCGGCAUCCCUGGUGUCUACGUCAGAGUCGCCCACUACCUCAGCUGGAUCCGGGACAUCACCAAGUCGUAGAGGUCGUCUUCGUCAGGUCAUAUACCACUCGUCAACCUAGGUUAUUUUGGCAUAUUUGUAUGCUUAAAUAGACCUCAAGUGUUCACUGGCAGCAUAUGCUGGUGGUUUAUUAUAAGAUCUUCCUCUGUUUGAAGAUGUAUGUAAGCAUUUUAUGCUAUGUUGUACUCUUGAGUAAGAGAAUUCUAGUUAUUAUGUUAAUAAAAUGUUAUUUUGUAA